AUGUCCGGGUCAUGCAGAGCUAGGGUUGCUCCUCCCCUGGCACCGCACAACAGGUACACACCCCUGGUGGUGCAAGAGGAGACUCUGACAGAGACACCAGAGGAGGAGCCUGAGAGGUCUGCUGGCUCCCUGGGGCCUGCAUCCGAGAGGAUCCUCAGGCUCGUCCAUCCCUCUGACUAUUACCCCAUGUUCCUUGUCUGCGUGGGCGUGGACGAUGCGGCCAGGGGCCACGGAGCCAGGAGGGACGGCUGUGUGGAAGUCAACAGACGCCUCCAACAGUGGUGUGACCACGAGGGGUCUGCUUUCUUUGACCCCUGUGACCGGAUUCAUCAAUGGAGGCACCACACAAUACAGUACAGCUGCCAGGAGAUCCAGAAGGGCCGGGGAGACGGAGAUGGGCUUUCUGUGGGCAAUGCCAGCAGUGGAAAUAAAAGGGGAGACCACAGUAAGAAAAACAAGACCAAAGAAAUGGCCAAUGCAGGUACAAAUAUAAUGAAAUGGUUUAUGGAUGAGGUAACAGAUAUCCUCUAUCCAGCAAUAAUGGAAUAUGAAGAGAGAAAAAUAACCGAGAGAGAUAUGAGAGACAAGGAGGCCAGUGCCAAAAAGUGUGUCUGCACAGGCAGAAAGAUAACACCCGGCAGCUCACCAGGAUGUGGGAAGAAAUGGAGUAGAGGAAAAUUAACCUCACUUUUUUCUCAACACUCACCUGGCUUGUCUCCAGGUAUUGGCAGAGAGGUUUGGGAAGACAAUCUUCCUGAGCCUGAACCGGCAGCAGUACCUCCUCAUCCAGCUAAUCAUCUCUCCCAUUUGUGCAGGGGGAGUGUGUGCAGGGCUGCUCAGCUUGAGCAUCCCAGGCAGACUUUCCAAGCUGAGCGAUUUCCCCAUGGCCAAAGGUACUUUCAGUACAACCUGACACAAAAAGAUGGCCAAUUAGAAACCCAUCUCAUUAGGGAAGAUAUUUCCUCUGAUGUCGCACAAGAUCACCCUAAAACAGGCAUGCUUAGAAAGUUAUUCUCACCGAUCAAUGCCCAGGAAUGAAUGCUCAGUUCUGGGGAACAG